AUGCUUUCGCGGGAUGGUUGUAAUGAAACCAAGGAUGAGAACGCAGUUGAUUUGAGUGGGGAAGAUGAAUGCAUGUGGAAAAUGAAGUAUGAGAAAUUGAAGGAACAGUAUACUGUGAUGAAGACUAGGAAUGAAGAACUUGAAGAUCGACUUUUGAAUUUGGUUGAAAUAGUGGAAAAAGAGAAGAUUAUGCUUGCGGAUGAAGUAGAUCGACUCAAUCAAAGCUUAGUCCUUGCUAAAAACAGGGUAUCAACGCUUGAAAAUGAUUGUGUUCGAUAUAAGAAAGACUGUGCUUUGGCUGUGAAUUUGUUGCAGUGUAAACCUUCAAAUUAUGUACAGCAAGAAGAAAUUUCAAAUAUUUCUAAUAAUUCAACUCAAAAGAUGGUGAGGAAUGUUGCAACUUUUCCACCGAUGGUUGUUUACUUUCCCGAUGAUCCUUAUUCACAAAAAGAUGAUCUUGUCCCGCAUGAUGAUGCAGAACAAGCUUCUUUACCAACAUCGGCAGCCUUCACAUCAAAGUUCGUUGAAGAAAUUAAGAACAAUGAACAUUAUAGAUGGUGUUCCAACUGCGAUUCAUCUCAAGUAAAAAUGUCUCGAGCUACUCAGACUGCAUAA